AUGGUAAGAGCUCCUUAUUUUGAUAAAAAUGGAAUAAAGAAAGGUGCAUGGAGUGAGGAAGAGGAUCAAAGGCUCCUAGCUUACAUUGAAAGAUAUGGCCAUCCUAAUUGGCGUCAACUCCCCAAGUUUGCAGGGUUGGCCAGAUGUGGAAAGAGUUGCAGGCUUCGUUGGAUGAAUUACCUGCGGCCAAAUCUUAAACGAGGAAACUAUACCCAGAAGGAAGAGCAAAUAAUCACGGAUUUGCAUAAAAAGCAUGGAAAUAAAUGGUCUCUGAUUGCUGAGAACUUACCAGGAAGAACAGACAACGAGAUAAAGAACUAUUGGCACAGCCACCUAAAGAAGUUCUUGAGGCGCAAUGAGAACACAACAUGUCAUGAGUUGAAAUCUGAGUAUAUAGAAUUUGAAGGCCCAAUCAGCGAAGGUGUUAGUGUUGAUUCCCACCACAUUUUGGAAAGUUCAGUGUCCAUGUCUUCGGAAACUUCCUACCCUGAAGACAACUCACCCUCCUUUUCCUCUAGUCAUAGGGAAUCAACCUUAAACUUGUCAAGGGAAGAAGAUAGUGUUGCUUCAUGGGAAACAUUGGAUGCAUUUAGUAGUAAUUUUUGGACUGAACCCUUUAUUUCAGAAAACGCAUUGGAUCAGAAUUACUUUCCCAUUUCCUGUUAUGGAGCAGAGAGAGAGGAGCCGUUUUUCUUAUGGUAA